AUGGAAGAAGCGUCAGAGAAGGAGGCCUGUCGAACGGCCAGCGACAGACCGCAUCUGGACGCCGACUACUACGACCUCGGCGACCUGCAUCGCACCGUUUCCACCACCAACCCAAUCGCCCAAACCUGGUUCAACCGAGGUCUCGUCUGGUGCUACGGCUUCAACCACGAAGAGGCGGCAAAAUGCUUCGAGCGGGCCAUUGCCCACGAUCCCGCCUGUGCCAUGGCCUACUGGGGCCUCGCCUAUGCCUUGGGGCCCAACUACAACAAGCCCUGGGAUCUGUUUGGCAGGAGAGAGAUUCAGAACACGGCGGAUCGGACGCAUCGAGCGAUUGAAAAGGCCAAGGCGUGCUCCGAAUCUGCCACUCCCGUUGAGAGGGCGCUUAUAGACGCUCUUCGCUAUAGAUACCCAAGGUCGAAUGCCCCAACCAAGACGGACCGCCCCAUAUGGAAUCGAGAAUACGCCGAUGCAAUGAGCGCCGUCUCGGCCCAGUUCCCAGAUGACCUGGACGUUGCCACUCUAUACGCCGAUUCCAUGAUGAAUCUCACCCCCUGGGCCCUCUGGGAUAUCAAGACAGGCAAUCCAGCUCCAGAAGCUCGCACGCUCGAGGUAAAACAGACACUCGAGCACGGCAUGUCUCUCGAGGGCGGUAACCGACACCCAGGUCUUCUGCAUCUCUACAUUCACCUCAUGGAAAUGUCAAAUACCCCAGAGGCCGCCAUGCCCGCAGCCGACCAGCUUCGCGGCCUGGUUCCUGAUUCAGGCCACCUGAACCACAUGCCGAGCCACCUCGACAUCCUCGUGGGAGACUACGCCAGAGCCGUCGUCGCCAACUCCGAUGCUGUCCACGCCGACGAAAAGUUUCUCAAGCGCGAAGGUCCCAUGAACUUUUACACUCUGUACCGAAGCCACGACUAUCAUUUCCGCCUGUACUCGGCCAUGUUCGCCGCUCAGUCCAAGAUUGCUCUCGAGACUGUCGAGCAGCUCGAGGCAAGCUUCUCCGAUGAACUCCUCCGCGUCGAGACUCCUCCCAUGGCAGACUGGCUUGAAGCUUUCCUCGCCAUGCGUGUUCACGUCCUCAUCCGCUUUGGCCGCUGGAAAGACAUUCUCGCGCUGAAACUGCCCGAAGACCAAGACCUCUACUGCGUCACCACGGCACUGACGUACUACGCAAGGGGCAUGGCACUGGCAGCCUUGGGACAAGUCGACGAAGCCCGCCAACAGCGCCAGCUCUUCACCGAAUCCGUCCCCCGCGUCAAGCCCACCCGCACCCUCUUCAACAACAAAUGCAUCGACAUUCUCUGCGUCGCCGAAGCCAUGCUCGACGGCGAAAUCGAGUACCGCUCGGCCAACUACCCCGCCGCCUUUGCCCACCUCCGCGAAUCAAUCUCCCGCUACGACGGUCUCCCCUUUGACGAACCGUGGGGAUGGAUGCAGCCCGCGCGACAUGCUUACGGUGCACUCCUGCUUGAGCAAGGCCAUGUUAGUGAAGCAUUGAGCAUAUACAGUGCAGACCUGGGUAUCGACGAAUCUUUACCCCGAGUUCAUCGCCAUCCGAACAAUGUCUGGGCGCUGCACGGCUAUCACGAGUGUUUGGUUAAGCUGGGCAGGACAGAGGAGGCGAAGAAGGUGGAGGGCCCGCUGAAGAAGGCCAUGGCUGUGGCGGACGUGCCCAUUACAUCGUCGUGCUUUUGUAGAUUGAUGACGGCCAAGAUAUGA